UGCAAUACUAAUUGAAAAACAUGUACAUAAAAAGAUAUUGAAUUAGGGGAGGAGGAUUCUUUGAUUAAAAUGGAGGAAAGAAUGGGUUUUGGAUAGAAAUAGGUUAAAAUUUUUAUCAGUAAUUCAUAUUCUAAACCAUUAUUAAAGUGAUUGUUAGGUAACUUUAAGUGGUGAAUAUAUAAAUAAUAUAAAAAAAGGUCAAUGGAAUGCACUCCUAAAUAAUAAGCUAAUGUAGUUAUGACAUUCCAAAUAUAUUUAGUGGAGGAGGUAGAUAUUAUGAAAAUUAAGAGAAAGUUGGAAAAUGGAUUGAAUUGCAUGAAAAUUAUUGGGAGUACAUAGAAAAUACAAAAUUAUUUUAGUGAAGCAUAAAUAUUAUUUACAGGUGAUUAUCUAAUUGGCUAGAAAACAGGAAUUUGGAUGACGAUUUUUGAAGAUAAAAUAAUGUAUCUAAAUUAAAAUAUGAUAGCGGAGGAGGUUGCUAUGCUAAUAAUGGUAUGAAGCAUGGGAAAUGGAUAGAUUUAUAUCAUAAUUUUUGGGAGUAUAAUCUUAUUUCAUUAGAUUUUGUCAAAUAACUUUUCAAGGUUCAUAUAUUAAUGGAAUUAAAACAGCCAUUUGGAAUACAUAUUUUGAAAAUAAUAUAAUGUAAAAAUUGUAUAUUUUUAAAGUGGAGGAGGGUAUUACGAUGAAAAUGGAUAAAAAUAAGGGUAGUGGACUGAACUUCAUGAAAAUUUUGAUAAGUAAUUACAUUAUUUAGAGUAUACUUUUAAGUAAUACUUAAAUCAAGAUAAAUGGGAAUUAUUAAAAUGGUAGAAAAAGUGGUAGUUGGGAAUUCAUUAACAAAUCCAAAAUCAUGUAUAUAAUACUAAUAAUUACAAGUGGAGGAGGACUCUAUGAUGAGAAUGGGUUUAAACAUGGAAAAUGGACUGAAUUAGAUGAUGACUUUAAUUUAAGUCUAGUUGACCCUUGCAAAAUAACAUAUUCUGGAGAAUAUAAAAGAGGAUAAAAAUAGGGAAAAUUUGUUGCAGUUGAAAUUUAUUGA